ACUAACAUUGACACUCGAAUAAUAUACGAUAUAUGUACAUAAAAUGGAUGACUUUAAGACUGAAGAUGAUGUGCACACUUCCUGCGAUGUUUCACCUAGUAGAAGCACACGCAUGAAUCGAAUAGAGAAUAUCGAAAUUCCAACCGACGAGUCAAUCAGGGAUACCACGGCAUACGAGUCGACUCCCAAAGAUGACGAGCUACCAGAUGGGUGGGUGAAGGUUGGCAAAGGAUUGGUAUUCGACGUGCCCAUAACGCCAACGAUGCGAUCAGCCAGAAGAUCUCCAAACAGACCACACUUCGUUUUUACACAGGCUAGUGAUUCAAGAACUACAAGGCAGCUCAGGAAUACUCUACUGGAGAUUGAUAGAAAGGCUAUGCGCAUGAUGAAACAGGAAAACAAUGUCAAAAUCAGAGCCAACAGACCUACAAAUGAGCAGCAAGAUACACUUAGACAACGCUCAGUGGGUCGCUGUAGCAGUGUUAAUGCAACUAGACAACCGGCCCCCGAACCAAGUAAUAGGUGUACUAGAAUGAUGAGAUCUAGAGCGGUGACACCCAUAGGACAGACAUCGAAUACACAAAACGAUGCCUUAGAUAGAAAGAUUGCACUAUUAAAGAGGCAACAUGAACGUGAAGUUAUAGCGGCGAAACAACAAGUAUUAGAUCAAGUUGACGUGUUGGUUAAGAAAUACAGACAAUUGGCCAUAGAUGCCGUCCGAGUAGCAAGGGAUGAACAACAUAAGGCUGAGCAGGAACGUAGAAAUGCUUACGAAGCAUGUGCCAGAUAUGAGGCAGAUUUGAUGACCAAUGUUAGGAAUGCCAUAGCUCAACUAAAGGUGUCUAAUAAAGCAGAACACGAACGUUUAUUGGCAGAAAGGGAUGCUUUACAAAGACGCUGUCAAGAUUUAAUGCCCUCCAAUACGUUAAAUGGACCGGCUCUGGAUCGCAUCACUGCCAAAAUCAUUUCACAAUUUCACGAUAACCAGAAAUUUAACAUGGACCUUAUAGACGACAGCGUCGACAUGAUACUUAAAGAAUAUGUUACCUUCCAAAAAAUGGCAGCUGACCUCAUGAUAAAAAAGUUUGCCACACGUGGAUGUACACUGACAAACGACGAUGCUACUGAGUUUGUUGAUAAGGCGGUAGCGGUAAAUGGUCUAGAGUUAUAGCA